AGAUGGCAUCAGCGCAGUCACGCGGCGCUGCUCGGGUUCAACAAUGACAGGAUGACAGGAGAAGAAGAGCCGCCGCUGCUGCCUGCAUCAUCCCCAGACAGAAGCAGCAGAAACCAUGGCGUUCACAUUCGCGGCCUUUUGUUAUAUGCUCGCUCUGCUGCUCACGGCGGCGCUUAUCUUCUUCGCCAUUUGGCAUAUAAUAGCGUUUGACGAGCUGAAGACGGACUACAAGAAUCCAAUAGAUCAGUGUAACACUUUAAAUCCGCUGGUGCUGCCGGAGUACCUCAUCCACUUCUUCUUCUGCGUGAUGUUCUUCUGCGCAGCCGAGUGGCUCACGCUCUUCCUCAACUUACCUCUGCUGGCUUAUCACGUGUGGAGGUACAUGAGCAGACCCGUGAUGAGCUGUCCAGGACUCUACGACCCCACCACCAUCAUGAACGCAGACAUCCUGGCGUACUGUCAAAAGGAGGGCUGGUGCAAGCUGGCCUUCUACCUGCUGUCCUUCUUCUACUACCUUUACGGGAUGAUCUAUGUUCUGGUGAGCUCCUAAACGGGACGGCGAGCGGACCCGCCCGAGCAGAAGCUACGACCCGGUGCUGGAAGACUGAACCUGCUGGACCUCACGGCGAAGACCUGGACCCGGCGCAGACCGUCACUUCCUGAAACAUUUUGGCUCCUCCCCAACACGUCUGCUCCCAUGGUUCUGCAGAACCGCUCAUGGAAAACAUCUGAAUGGACCCCUCCCCCUCCCGUUUUUUUAAUUGUUUAAAUAAAGGUUUUCAUUCGUUUUCAGAACCGCGAGCUGCAGCGGCGUUUUUGAUUCGCUGCUGGUAUUUCUGGGGGGGGCUGCCGCGUGGACAGAGACGUUUGUUUACUCGUCAUGUGAUCGUGCCGCCAUGUUUGUCUCCCGCUGUGACUCCAGAUGAUUAGCUCGUGUCUGCAGACGAAGGUGACGUCCGUUCACUUUCACCGUCUACAUCAAACAUUUCUUCCUAUUUAUUCCUAGUUUUUAAUUUAGAGGAUUUUUACAUCGAACACUCCAGGUGGGCGUGGCCAGACUUCCACUGUUUGUCAUCUGUCGUGUAGAUUCAUCAUUUCAUUACAGAUUUUAUUGAAUCUAAAUAAAAGUAUUUCACUCUGAA